AUGCAGCGGCGUGCAGAAAAUCAUAACGUAACGGACACUUUUGUUUUGGAAUUAUUUCUGCAGCAACUACCUACAAAUGUGCAAUCUAUUUUAGCAUCAAUCACCCCUGUAACCACACAAAAGGCUGCUGAAAUAGCGGAUAAAAUAAUGGAAGUGUCAUCUGCUCAGGUAAGCGUAGUUUCUGAUUCUUGUGCAUCAACUAGUGUUACACCAAACUUUGAACUGCUUAAAAAGAUAAAAUCGCUUCGCAAAGAAGUUGCAUUUCUACGACGUUCAAGAAGUCAUUCUCGUAAUCGUAAUUUUCGUCAUGCAACAAAUCGUGAGAAAUCCUCUGAAAAAAGUGAUCUAUGUUGGUACCACCGAAAAUUUGCUUCUAGAGCAAAAAAGUGUACUCCACCCUGCAAUUUUCAGGGAAAUUUCCAGGGCAAGAAGUAG